AUGGCUGAACAGGCUUUCAAAAAAUUUAUACCGCUCUUUGGCAGGGUAUUGGUUGAAAGGAGUGCUGCCGAAACUGUGACCAAAGGUGGCAUUAUGCUUCCAGAAAAGUCUCAAGGAAAAGUAUUGCAAGCAACAGUAGUGGCUAUGGGAUCAGGCUCAAAAGGAAAGGGUGGAGAGAUUCAGCCGGUCAGUGUGAAAGUUGGAGACAAAGUUCUUCUCCCAGAAUAUGGAGGCAUCAAAGUAGUUCUAGACGACAAGGAUUAUUUCUUAUUUAGAGAUGGUGAAAUUCCUGGAAAAUAUACGGACUGA